AUGUUCAUUUUCACGCCCUUGCUCGGAUCGCAGAGCAAUUCCCGGGCGUCCCAGUCGAUCCUCGAGCUAGAUAGCGACAUAAGGAUCCUGGUGGACGUCGGAUGGGACGAGCGAUUCGACAGUCGCCAGCUAGCAGAGAUAGAGAAACAUGUCUCGACCCUUUCCUUCAUCCUGCUCACACACGCGACGACCUCUCACCUCGGCGCAUACGCUCAUUGUUGCAAACACGUUCCCCUCUUCACCCAGAUCCCCGUCUAUGCCACGGCGCCGGUGAUCGCUUUCGGCCGCACCCUCUUGCAAGACCUUUACUCCUCGUCUCCGCUCGCUGCCACCUUCAUCCCCGGCUCAGGCUCCCUUGACACGGCUACAAGUGUAGAUGAUAAAUUUCGGACGAAUAUCCUGCGGCAGGCACCGACUUUCGACGAGAUCAACAAAUACUUUACCCUCAUCACACCUUUGAAAUACUCCCAGCCUCAUCAGCCCGCAGCCUCCUCGUUCUCAGCGCCCGUCGAGGGUCUCACAUUGACGGCGUAUAAUUCGGGCCACACCCUCGGAGGCACAAUAUGGCACAUUCAACAUGGCAUGGAAUCAAUAGUCUAUGCGGUGGACUGGAACCAGGCAAGAGAAAAUGUCAUAGCGGGAGCGGCUUGGUUUGGAGGCGUCGGAGGUGCCGAAGUCAUUGAACAACUGCGGAAACCCACGGCCCUCGUGUGCAGCAGUGUCGGCGCAACAAGAGAAGCACUCACAGGUGGGCGGAAAGCCCGGGACGACAAUCUACUUGCACAUAUCAGGAGCAGCGUCGCUAAGGGCGGGACGGUGCUCAUCCCGACCGACUCGAGCGCCAGAGUCCUGGAGCUGGCUUGGAUUCUAGAAAAGGCGUGGUCUGAUCCCUCGAAUGCCUCCUCUCUCAAGACCGCCAAGGUAUACAUGGCCAGCCGAUCCGGCAAUGCGACGCUGCGGCAUGCCAGGAGUCUCCUCGAAUGGAUGGACGACAGCAUCGUCCGCGAAUUCGAAGGCGAGGAUGAAAACGCGGCGCCGGUCCAGACACACCGGAGAAGUGGCAGUAAGCAGGUCAACGGUACAGCAAAACCCUCACGACCGUUCCAGUUCCAGAACGUCAAGAUUGUCGAGCGGAAGACUCAGUUUGAGAGGCUCCUGAGAGCAGAAGGUCCCCGAGUUAUUCUUGCCAGCGACUUGACUAUGGACUGGGGCUACGCGAGGUCGCUCUUGGAUCACGUCGUGCAGAGGCCAGAAAAUUUAAUCAUACUCACUGAAAUGCUCGAUCCCCGUCCCGGUUCUCAGAGCCCCAGCCAGGAAUUCUGGACCUGGUUUAGAGAGCGCCGAGACGGUGUCGCACUCGAGAAGUCCCAGUCAGGCGAACAGUUGGAGCAAGUGCACAGUGGAGGCAGGGAGCUAAAACUGAGAAUCGUUGAGCGAGCGCCCUUGAACACGCAAGAAAGUCAAAGAUACCAGCAAUACAUCGCCACUCAGAGACAAAUCCAAGACUCACUGCCGGGUAGUGAUAAAGAUCAGACCAAUGCAGAAGACAAUAUGGAUGACGGUGAUACAACCACGACGGAAUCAGAACAGUCGGACGAUGAGCAGCAAGGGCGUGUGUUAAAUGUCUCUGCUGCCAUCGGCCAUGGUGCGCGAAACAAAACAGCUCUAAGUGAUGCUGAUCUAGGAGUCAAUAUCCUGAUUCGCAAAAAAGGUGUCUAUGACUAUGACGUGCGGAAUAAGAAAGGCCGGAAUGCCCUCUUUCCAUACACCCAUUCCCGGAGACACGGCGAUGAAUUUGGUGAUUUUAUCAAGCCCGAGGAUUUUUUGAGAGAGGAGGAGAAGGAAGAGCAAGACGCCGCCAAUGAUAAUAAGACCGGAGGUCAGUUGGGCCAAAAGCGCAAGUGGGAUGAAGCGAAUGAUCGCAUGCAACCGCCAAACAAGCGAAAUCGUGGCGAUGCUGCAGACGGUCCAGCUGCCAACAAGUCCGAGCAGGAUUCGGACGCGGAUGAUUCGGACGACGAGAAUCAAGUCGAGCAUGAAGGAUUCCAAGGCCCUGCGAAGAUUGUAUAUUCCACCUCCGAAGUCACGGUCAAUGCUCGGUUGGCUUUUGUUGAUUUUGCUGGGUUGCACGACCAGCGGAGUCUGCAAAUGCUGAUACCUCUGAUCGGACCCAGGAAACUGAUCUUAGUGGGCGGCAAUACCACAGAUACAGUCGCUCUGGCUGCCGAUUGUGGUGAGCUGCUGGGAGUCAAGGUCGCAGGAGCAGAGAAAGAGUCCUCAACGGAGAUCUUCACCCCUACCGAAGGUCAAACCGUCGAUGCCAGUGUCGAUACUAAUGCGUGGGUCGUCAAGCUUAGUCGCGAGUUAGCGAAGACGCUGCACUGGCAGAAUGUCAAGAACAUGGGGGUAGUAACUAUCCAGGGUCAGCUCAAGGCCGAGCGGAGAGGAGACAAUACCCAGGAGGAUGAUCCUCAGACCAAGAAGCAGAAAUUAGACACCGAGGUGUCCCCUGCAGCGGACUCGGCCCCUGCUCCUCCCGUUGAACCCGUCCUCGAUGUUCUGCCAGCGAAUCUCGCCGCUGCGACGAGGUCCGUCUCGCAUGCCAUUCAUGUGGGUGAUUUGCGACUUGCGGAGCUUCGGAGGCUGAUUGCCAUGGACGGCCAUGCUGCCGAGUUUCGCGGUGAAGGUACUUUGCUUGUGGACGGCAUGAUCGCCGUCAGGAAAUUGGGGACAGGCAAGAUCAUUGUGGAAGGCAUACCCGUCAGCACGGCUGCCAUGACGCCACAUACGGUGGACAACUUUACGCGCGUGAAGCGAAAGAUCUAUGACGGGCUUGCCGUUGUCGCCGCUGGUUGA